AUGGCCCACACUCAGGAGCCAGCCUCGGCGGCGAUGAGCGACGAGGUCAAGCCGUACAAGAUCCGUGUGUCGAGCAAGUAUCUGGAACUGACGAGGCGGAAGCUGGAGCUUACACGGCUGCCGCAUCAGAUUCCGGAGCCCAGGUCCAAUGGGUGGUGGGAGCCGCAGCCGACGGUCGAGCCGCUGGUAGACUUUUGGCUCGAGCAAUUCUCUUGGCGGGAGCAGGAACAAGAGUUCAAUGCCCGGGUGCCCCAGUUCCGGACCGCCAUCCAGACGGCCGCCCUGGAGACUCCGGUCCGACUGCACUUUGUCCACGCUCCGUCUCGUCACACCCAUGCGGUUCCUCUACUGCUCAUACCCCCUUUCCCCUUCACCAACCUGUCCAUGGCGCACCUCAUCGGGCUAUUCACCGAGCCGGGCGACGACGCACCCGGCCAGCCGUUUCACCUCGUCUUGCCGUCGUUGCCAGGCUUGGGCUUCAGCGAUGCGUUGCCCGACAAGGUGCCCGCGAUCCCGACAGUCGCUCACAUGCUGGACGUCUUGAUGAAAAGGCUUGGCUACGAGCAUUUCCUGGUAACCAACUCGGGAUCAUCGCCAGGCGUCCUGGCCCCGGUUGACUGGAAAGUUGUGAACCAUCUGGCGCUUCACUAUCCCGACUCUUGCUUAGGGGUUCACUUGGUGUCCCCGCCGCUCAGCCCGCCGAGGAUACGGGACUCACCUGUCGCAUGGGCCAAGUGGAAAGCAGCAAGCAUCCUCCGGACUCCUAUGCUUGGCUACUCUCGCGAAGAUCUGGACGCGUUGGGGCGUCCCGACACUUGGGUACCCAGGGGGGCGCGGGCUUCCUCCCACGCUUUGCUGGGAUUCGGAAGCGACGGCGCAUACGAGCCAAACACUCUAGCCUAUGCCCUCUGCGACUCGCCGCUUGGCCUUUUGCUCUUCUUCCUCAUGGUCCUCCGCAUGUCCGGCCCUAACCGAGGUUUGCCGCCAGCAGAGAUCAUCAAGAUGACCGAGUUAACCUGGUUGCCCGGCCCCGAGGGGACGAUGAGACUGUGGGCAGAAUGCGCAUCCGGCGAGGAAACGCAGGAGGGAAGAGCGGGACAGAGACCAAACGCCGCAUUCACCGUCUUCUCGGGCGACGAAGGGCGAGCAGGGGGCGAUCCGCCAUUGCCGGUCCCCUUACCCAGGCCGAUACCAAACUCAUACGCAUGCCCGGCCUGGGGCCAUCGACAGUAUCGGGUAGUGGCAUGCAACCGUGUCACCGGAAGGCCUGGCCUGCUUGCAUGGGAGAGACCACAAGUCAUUGCUGUGGGCGUCAGACGGCUUGCCAAGGCCAUCCUCGCCGCCGAAAGCAGACUAGCAGCGCCUGUUGCACAGACGACGGCCUUGUUGAAGCGAGUGGUGGUCGACAGCAGUCAAAAAGCAGCGGCGACAACGGCCGAGACAACAAUACCGUCCCUCGCCAGCGAAGAUGCCCGCCCGAGACCCCAAGAGUCCCUGACGCAAUCCUCUCUCACCGCCAUGUCGCGCACGCCCCCCAACAUGUCGAACCGCUACGGCCCUCCGACGCGCAAUGGCAACGGCUAUGGGAACAUGGGCCCAGGGAGGGCAGAGGAAGAAUACGACCCGUAUGCCUACGGCGAAGGCUACACAAGCGACAGAUAUGGCUCGCGCCCGCCCGCCGCCGCCCGCGGCCCCCCGCCUGUCGUCCGGAACAUGCCCUCGCGGCCGCGCGUGCAGGAGACGAGCGCCGAGAGACAGAUCGGCCAGGUGCUGGGGCACAUUCGCGCCGAGUGGCCGUCCAUGUGCGAGGCCGACUGUGUGCCUGUCCAGCUUGCCUUGCAGCUGCUCGACUCGAGCUCCGUCGGCCGAGCACACGAGUACCGCAAGUUUCAGCAGACGCACGCCUACCUACAGGACUCGCUCAAGAACAUCGUCCACGAACACCACCAGGGCUUCAACAGCUCCAUCGGCACCUUCCACAAGAUUCAGGGCAGCAUCGAGGCGUCCCAAAAGCGUGUCCGUGCUCUCAAGGACUCGCUCGACGGCGCAAAGUCGAGCCUUUGCACCACGGACCCGGGACUGAAGAAGCUCUCCCAGACGUCGCAGAGCUACGACGAGCUGCUGCAGACUCUCAACGAGCUCGACGACCUACGCUCUGUGCCCGACCAGCUCGAGGCGCGCAUCUCGGAGAAGCGCUUCCUGACAGCCGUCGACAUGCUGCAUAGUGCACUGAGGAAACUGCGCCGGCCGGAGCUCGACGAUAUCGGAGCCCUAAGCGACCUGAGGAGCUAUCUGGCCAACCAGGAAACCGCAUUGAUGGACAUACUAGUGGAGGAGCUCCACGAGCAUCUAUACCUCAAAUCCCCGUAUUGCCAAGAGAGGUGGCAGAGCCUGGCCAAGAGCCAGGGCGCAUACGCCGACGGCUACGGAGAUGCCAACGCCAUCCUGCCUUUUCAUGCCGUCCUGGAAUCCAUCGACGUCAACAAGGCCGUCGCCGAAGACCCCAUGAAGAACCCAGAGGCCGACACUUUUUACUAUGUUGGACUGCUGGUCGAGGCGCUAAACAAGCUGGGCAGGCUGCAGAAUGCUGUCGAGAUGCUGAAGCAGCGGCUUCCGGUCGAGCUGUUUGGCGUCGUCAACGAGACCAUCAACGAUGUGGAUCAGCGGCAUCCAAGCUCGCUCCGUGGAGCCGCAGGCAAGACGGAAAGCCUGCUCUUGUACGGAACCCGGGAGACGCAGCUGAGGGCCGACGUCAUCUACGAUCUUUUAUGGACACUCUAUGGCAAGUUUGAGGCCAUUGGCGAGGGCCAUCGAGUGUUUCACGAGUCCAUCAAGGCCCUCAUCCGACGCGAGGGUGCGGGUAACAACAGCUUGCUGCUGGGCAGCUUCAAAGAGGUGUGGAAUUUGUACCAAAACGAGAUCCGGGCUCUCUUGCACAAUUACGUCACGACCGAUGCAGACGUCUACCAGUUCGACUCGCCGACCCCGGGGGCUACCCUCAAUGGAAAGAAGGAUGCCAUGCGGGAGCACCUGUUCAAGUUUGCCGAGACGGAUGCCAAGUCGGUCGAGACGACGACGGAAUACGACGCCCUCGAAGGCAUCAUCCAGGCAACCGUGCCGGGACUCAUGAGCAACUCGCGCAAAGCCACCGCCGACCCCAAGAAGAGUCGAGUCGCGACCAUGGGUUCAUACAAGUCUCUGGUGCAGCCGAGUGUCUUCAACAUGAGUCUCUUGCUACCGCCCACGCUGGUUUUUCUUCAAAGGCUGAGGGGCAUCGUGCCUCCCGGCUCCGAUCUGGCGACCAGCACGCUGACGACGUUCCUUGAUAAUUUCCUGGUCAACGUAUUCCAGCCGCAGCUGGACGAGACCCUCGGGAAGCUAAGCGACUCGGUAUUUGGCGAGGCAGACUCUUUUUCGCAGGACUCGUCUUGGAGCCAGUCGGCGCCGCGACCCGUGUUCAAAGGCACCACGGCCUUUUUCCAAGUGGUCACGGCGUUUUGCCGAAUGCUCGGCACGAUACCGCCGGACCAGGCCCUGAGCUCGCUCAUUGUGAACCAGAUGAUGCGAUACUACGACCGCUGCUUCAGCUGGUACAGAUCACUAGUGAUCAAAACUCAGGAACAAGGCACAGACUCGAGCAAGCUCAGGGCGUCGGCCCGCUUUACUGCGCAGGCGGGCGAAAUGCAAGAGACGAUGAAGAAGCUGUGGACAUCAGAGGGUGUGGAUCGGGAGCUGCAGGAAAAGGAGGUGCAUCUACUAAUUGAGCAGACAAAUGACACGACGCUGGAGAUGAACGACGUCAUCCAGGACCGGGAGACGAUUUCGUCCCUGUGCCUCCUGUACACGAGCAUGAAGUGGCUGGCGGCCAAGAUCUCGAGCCUGAGGCACAUCACGGUCCACGAGACGGACUCGUCACGACAGACGCUCCCGCGGCAGACGAACCGACGAUGGACGCUGAUGAAUGACCCUAACAAGGCCACAUCGGAGCAGGGCCCGGUGCAACUGCCGCUGACGCAGGAGUCGGUCCAAACGUUUGACAACAUCGUGACAUCAUACGAGGAGCUAGCUAGCACGGCGCUACUGACGCUGCACAUGGAGGUCCGUUGCCGCAUCGUGCACUCGCUGCGCAACGCGCUCUCGCCGGAGCUGGCGCCGUACCUGCUUGACCAGGAGGUCAGGGAGCCGGACCCGCCAAUCCUGAGUCUCAACCUGGAGCUGGUGCUCUUUGACGAGACGAUUGUGCGCUUCCUCCGCGACCGCGAGGUGGCCUUUAUCCGGACGGGCCUGGGGAUGCUCAUCAACCGCUACCUGGUAAGCAACGCGUGGAUGGCAUCGCCCAUGAACGCCAAGGGCUGCGGCCGGAUGCAGCUCAACGUGCUCGUGCUACAACAGAACCUCAAGAACAUCGAGGAAGGAGUGGACCUCGCACGGGCAGCCGACUACUUUGCCCUCUUUGACCAGGGCCCGGACGCUAUUGUGGACAAGGCGCGGGCGGAAAAGGAGAAGAAUGCAGCGAGCGAGGAGGCGCAGGGCGAGAGCUUCACGUACGAGGAGCUCAAGGCGCUGAUUGAGCUCUAUUACAGCGAGCAGCUGGCGAACCCGGAGCGGGGCAUCGCGUCUGCUGCCAAGCGGAAGAUGGACGACAAGCUGCUGGGUCUCAGCGAGCACCUGUGGCAGACGUGA